CCCGUUUCCAUCGUGUGGACGUCAUCGUCGGAGACCUCGGGUGAGCUGGCCGGCAAUCCGGCCUUGAUCCGCCUCGCACGGCGAUUAUGCCAGGCAGCGGCAAGGGCGGCCAUCUCGUGCUUCAUCUCCAUGGAAAGACUCUCCCACAGAGCUUCGUUGCUUGCAGUCAUGACGGAUGCAGUGCAAAAGAGGAAGAUGGGGAGCGGCUUGUGUUGUGGCAUGAAGUUAGCAGAGUGUGGCCACCUUUAAAUAGCUUAUUCCAAUGAGGCUAGGUAUCCGGGAGCGUCAAUGUGCGGCACCGGAGUAGUUUCUCCGCCGGCGAGCCCGCUUAAUGGCUGCACACGGACGGACGGGGCGUCGAACAAGAGUGGUAGAUAUCUGUCCCGUCCCAUCCAGUAACGUGUCUAUUGCACUGAACAAGCGCGGACACCGAAGAGGCGUCACAGACAACGCCCUCGGCUAGCACGCCGCUUCAAUGGCGGCGCCAGUGAGAGGUCGCAUCCGCCCUGAGCCGUCUUCAAUGUGCAGCGGCGCGCUCUAAAGCGGCAUGAAUGCAGGAAGUUGGCGCCGGGCGGGAACGCGGAGGGCGAGGGAUGAGGGGGUUGGGUGGGCUACGACAGUAAUAAGCUGGCGUGGUUGCUGUACGGACGCCCGCGAAGCCCCUUUUGCCCCCCAUAUUUGUCUCUAGUUUAUGAAAGAAAACAGGUCCAGACCGCCCUACGGACUGAUACAAAUCCGUGUUGGUUGGCUUUCGCGGUCCAAACAGUACAGUCUGGAUAUGUGCGGGCUGUUUGAGAAUGGCCGUUGGGAUGCCCUAAGUUCACCCUGACUUGUGACUUGGGGAUGCUACCUGCCGCGGCAAGACAGAAGUACCUGAAGAAAAUGACCAGAUGGCAUUUGUUUUCUUUGUUUAUGAGAUAGCUUACAAUUCAUGCCGAAUGGUUACCAGAUACCAUCCUGCUCUCUACUUUCUCACCUCUUACAACACAUCUCUAGCAGAUCUCCAAAGGCUAUAUUUGAGGAAAAAUUUAUGGUCUGGGAAUUAAGAUCCAGCUAGAAGAUUCCAAAAGCAUUAAUCCCUCAAAAAUAGCUUUUCAUUCUCCAAGCCUUCAGUUCUCUUUGGCCAAUUUUUUUCUCUAGAAGGAAGCAUUCUCAUUGAAAAUGGGGAGACUACUCCCCUCCGGCAUUCAUUGGCCUAGGAGUGGCUAUAAAACCCAUCGCCGCACCGAAACCCUAGACCACCCCCACCAUUCACCCAUUUUUCCAACCACCACCCACGAUUCGAGCCGCCGCCACCACCGCCUUCCUCAACCUCGAUGCCACGACUACCGUUUGUGCUCCGCCGCCUCCCCGAGCUCCCGAGGCCACAUCCUCGAUGGUGCCACUGCUCCCUGCAUGGACCAGAGUGCCCCUCUCGCCCCUUCUCAUCUUCAUAGACCCCGACACCUACUCCUUCCGAGCUCCAUUGCCACCUCCCAGUCGCAGCUUCGAGCCACUGCGCCAGCACCCCGAGCUUAGCCUCCAAUGUCACAGCCACCGCCGAAGUACCGCGACAUCCGGCACCGGCCAUGACUCAAGUUUGUGCCAUAGAUCCGUAAUACAGACACGAUGCGAGUGUGCCAUACUUUCCACCUUGCACGAGGCGGCACACACCUACAACGUGUUAUGGGCGCUGGACAGAGUAGCUUUGAUAGAGGUGGCCGCCCAGUCGUUGGCGUUGUGGACCAUGCACAACAAAGCAUUCCUUGAGGUUAUAGUUUUUAAACACCCGGUUGACCUCAUUUAUAAAAGUAUGGUCUUAAUACAGCUUUAGAAACCUUUGGGGAGAUGCCAGCAUAGUGCGCGCCUUGACGCGUUUAUCAACAACAUCUGUUCCAAGUGUACUCAACUCCAUGGGACAUCGAGGAUUGACAACACAAGCGAGGGGGCUUUUGUCCUCGUUUGCCCGCGGUGCAUUGCCGACCUACGAUCACUAGAUUUCGUUAACAUAGGGUCUUCCGCGCUGUGUCACGUGAUGGGUCAUUGUUGGCCUUGUAUCGGACUUCAUUUUCCAUUAAUUAUCGUACUCGAUGUGUCAUGCAACUUCAUUUUUUAUGUCUGGACGUGCUCCAUCCAAUGCUAUUCACAAAUAAAUUCUUAUCUGUCUGUUGGGAGGAGAGGGAUUAGAGAGGGACCAUGCAUGUAGAGGAGAGAGGCUAGAGGAGGACCAUGCAUGUAGAGGAGAGAGGCUAGAGGAUGACCACAUAAGGACUUUUGGUUGGUCAGUUGCAUGUCCAGAGUGCCGCAUAGCUCCCUCAAGUUUGUCUCGGAUUUAUCAAAAAAAAAACAGACAUCUGGAUCACUUCACGGAUAGAUGAGGUUCUUGUUGAAUGUCAAAAGUUAACAGAAAUGAUCCAGCCACCACAAUCCAAAUAUAUACUGGAGCUUUGAGAGUCUGCUUUGGAGAUGCCUUAAACUUAUUUAACCGCGAGAGAGGGAGCACUGGCAACAGUCGGUCUUGCCGUUUACUCUCUUCGUUUUUUACUUCCUUCGUUUCUUUUUAGUCUGCAUAUAAGAUUUGAUCAAAGUUAAACUUUGUUGGAAAAAAAAUAUCAACAUAUACAAUACUAAAACUAUAUGGUAUGAAAAUUAGUUUCAUGAUGCUUCUAACAAUAUUGAUUUUAUAUUGUGAAUCUUAAUAUUUUUUUUAUAAAUUUAAUCAAAGUUGACAAAGUUUGACUCUGACCAAAUUUUAUAUACAGACUAAAAAGAAACGAAGAGAGUAAAAGACAACACGUGGAGGACAGGACAGAGCCCCAACAAGAUUGCACCACCCUGCAGCCACGCGUUGCCAAACCCAAAAGGUACUGCGGGCGGCAUCUUCGCCAGCCUCCGAAAUCGAGCGAUGCUGUCCGCGGCGCGGCACCGCCCGCCACGAGGCGUCACUCUCGCAGACCACCGAACUACCCUAUCCCCCAAGCCCUCUCCUCCCUCUGAUUCCCCGAUGACUUGGACUGGGGGACGACCCCGACCACCCCGCCAUCGUGCCCAAGCUGAAACUGAUCGAUCGGCGACGCCGUUUCGCUUCAGCUGGAGCUGGACGAACCUCAUCCAUCUGGACCUCAGUUGCAAAAACAACUGGGUGUGGCUGAUGAUAGAACCUGUGUUUGCGCGUCAAGUGUGUGAACCGGAGUCGCAUCUCCUAGGCGUGCGACACGAGCUAGCUCGUCUCGUAUAAAUAUACCCGUACCACGCUGAGCAUCCAGCACCACCCACUAGUCCAGUAAUCCAGCCACCUAAGCCUCCUCUUCCUCCUCAGUGCAGUUCCAGGGCUAAUCCAAAAACACAGCCUACCAGCAAAAAUGUGCUUCGAGUUCAGCUCGUGCUUCGGCGGCGAGCGGUCCAACCGCAACCGCAACGAGGCCGGCGAGCGGAACAACAACAGGAACGGCUACUACGGCGGCGCCGACCACAAGGCGCCGCAGACGACCUACCAGCAGCCGCCCGCCGCAGUCGACGAGGCCGACAUCGAGGCGCCCAAGCUUCCGGCGUGGCACAACAAGGUUAGCGACCACGCCUACACGGCGCGCCUCCAAGAAGCUGCUGCUGAUCACAGGAACAACGCCGCCACGGAUUACCACCAUUACCCAACUACCGCUCUCGGCAGGUACUAGCUAGGAGUACUUGUUAAAACUAGCUAGCAUGAACAGUCCAUCAAUCUCUCCCUAGCCCGGAACAUUGCCUGUUGCUACUGUCAGGUAGCUCUGUUUUUCCUCUGUUUUUUCCUUUCUCUUUGGAUUUUCAUCAGCGUUCUCACAUGCUGAGGCCCAACGGCACCUGGAAAUAGUGUGUGAGAUCCAGGAUCAAGGGGGUGUGGAUUUUGAACAGAGCCUCCUCGAAUAUGUCGAUGGAUGUGCGGCACAAGGUGUAGCUCUAGCUCCAGGAAGCUUUUUAUGAGUCUUCUCGUCUAGUUGCUUGCUUGUACUUUGGUUGUGACCGCUUUCUUCUUGUCUGAUAUAAUCAAGCAAAAGAAAGCAUUGUGAGAUGUCAGAUGACUCCAAUUUCUUGC